CCACUCCAAGCUUGGCCAUUAAUAUGCAAAAAUCCUUUAAGUUAUUGCUUCAGUAUCUCUCCCUCGGCCUUGAUAUCAAUAUAAUCCUCUUCUUGUCCCCAUUUAAUCCUCUGUUGUGCCCGGCGUCUCUCAACGUCUUCUCUUCUCACCGCCCACCGUCAUCCAUUUCCGGGUUUAUCUCUAAAUCACACACUCCGGACGAACUUCUUCCUUCUCUCCAGCCACUGAUAGCAAAACCAAAAGCCGCCAUUGCCCGCAGCUAGUGUUACACAUUUUCCUUCAGUCGCCAAUUCCAGCGUCGUUUCUCCUCCUGUCCAUUUUUUCCGUGCAAGCAACGUCAACCUCCGGUCAGCAAGAUGUCUGGUGAAGCGUGGCUCUAUCUGCUGUCAGUGUUGAUCAACGCGGUCAACCUGUUCUUGCAGGUCUUCUUUACGAUUAUGUACAGCGAUUUGGAAUGUGACUACAUCAACCCCAUUGAUCUCUGCAACCGUCUCAACGCCUACAUCAUCCCCGAAGCCGCCGUUCACGCUUUCCUGACCUUCCUGUUCGUCAUCAACGGAUACUGGCUUGCUAUCAUCUUGAACUUGCCUCUGUUUAUUUUCAAUGCGAAGAAGAUCUUCGAGAACCAGCACCUCCUGGAUGCGACCGAGAUCUUCCGCAAGCUCAACGUGCACAAGAAGGAAUCGUUCAUCAAGCUUGGUUUCCACCUCCUGAUGUUCUUCUUCUACUUGUACAGCAUGAUCGUUGCCUUAAUCCGCGACGAAUCGAACUAAACUCGUGCAAAAGCCGACCCCCAUUAUGCGCAAUGACUGUUCCGGUUCGAAGUGCAUGAUAUGUGUUCCGUACUAAGUCUCGGUACUCGAAUCAAGUGGGAAGAAUUCAAUUGAAAGCAUUGUGGUUUCUGGCCACAACGCUUGUCUAAUAAUGAUCAUGGGUAUUAUGUGUGAGAAAAGAAAAGGUCACGAACUGCGAUAGACGACCGGUAUGAAACGUUGGAGUUGUGGAGGCUCUUUGGGGGAAUUGUUGAGCUGGAGUUCGGAGAUGAUGAUGACACUGGAAGGCAUUGCUGUUGCAAUGUCUGUCACGAUUUCCUUGAUCUUAUCUGUGUUCUCUUUCUUCAUCUUCUAUUUGAUGUCUUUUUAUCUUGCUAGCUUAAUGUUGUAUAUACCUCUCGAGCGUUUGAAUGAAGAGCGUACGAUACCCUUGGUGUC